AUGAAUCAUUGCAUUUUUUUGCGGCCCCCAAGUGGUCAAAAUCUAAGUGACGAUAUUGUAGGGGGUGUGCUACAGCGCAGCAAGUCAUACCGCUCUAGCUAUGUGACACGAGAUCAACAAACAAGCUCGUCUGAAACUUGGAAUCGACGUUGUGAUUUACCUGCGGCGGUGGACCGGGAGUUUUCUUUAGCGGAAAGAAAGAGGAAGAGACAAGAUUCCAAUGACUCUUUCAGCUCCAAUGCAAGGCUACUCGCUAUUUCUAGCAGCGACUUGCAACCUCUUCGACCGGAACAUCGGUUUGAAAGAGGUGAAGAGCAGCAAGCUGUGAUAACGGAAUGGGUUCAAUCGCACAUUGCACAUCAACGGGAGAUUCGUCGAUUGAGACAAAUCCGCUAUCGAAGGAAAAAAGAAGAAUACACGGCAAGUCUUGAGGAGGGAAACCAUCAGCUCCGAAAGGAGAUUGAGAAACUACAAGAACGUCAUCGUGCCAUUUCCGCUGCUGUACCAAGUAAAAAGACUCCUUGGAAUGUUGUAGUCGAGUAUUUUCGAUUCUUUCGUUUUGGGUAUCAAAAGCCCACCCCAACCCGCGAAUCUAUGAAGAAUAUGCAGACAUCUGCACAACUCACUUUCUUGCAAACAACAAUGGCACCAGAUGUCGUGUUUAAUGCAGGACAUGGUGUGGAAUCGAUUAUGACAAAUUGGGAGUAUUUUACGCUGUGGUUCCAAGACGUCGAGAUUGAGCUAAUCGGGUUGGUAAAAAGUGGGGUGGGCUCCUUUAUAGCCUCAAUCACUACCAGUUUUACAAUUACUGAACGUUCACUCGACCAAAUUUUUCCGAGCUUGAUUAAAUGUAGAGAUAGCGAGGGCUUGCCACUUGGUCCGAAGCUUUUGGGGCAGCGGAUUGUCAUGCGUGGAUCAACGCGAUUUGAUUGGGAUUAUAGCUAUGGUCGAGUUGUGAGCGUCAUCAGUGUGUCGGAUAUGCUCACACCAAUGCUCAAUAUCUUUGGUUCCUUAGAGGACGUGUCGCAAGUCUUUGAAAGAUCGCUGAUAUCUUUAACUCCAAACUGCGGACUGCAGUGGGCACUGUAG